UAGAAAAGUUAGACAAUAUUGUACAAACUAUUUUUUUUUUAGCUUUAACCUUUGGUUAUAUCCAUUGUUGACAAGAGCAAGAGAUUGAAUAUAUUUAGCUGAUCUCAUCUGUUUUCCUUAUUUCACAGCUCUAUAAUGAAAUGACUAUAUAAGACCAUAUCACAAUCUUGACCCUCCAAGCAUUUUAGAAGCUUUUGAGAUACACAGGAUCAUCAAUCUUCCCCCUAAGCAACUAAAACCAACAAUGAGGCUUAAGAAACGAGGAAGCUAUUUCCAUUUUAACAAAAAGCAAAUCAAAGAGGAUGCAUUGAUCAUAACAAAAGCUUUAGGAUAACACACACUUUGCUUCAUUGUAUUACAUAGAGAAUCAGAGUCUUCAAAUAUCUAGUGCUGAACAAAACCUAUGUGGAAAUGACAAUGCACAAGAGAUAGUCCAUUGCAAGGACAACCUAUUUACAUGCAGAGAAAAGCCGCGAAUCCUCCGAUGACCAAAUAUUUCUUGUAGGCUAUGGCAAAUCGUUUCUCACGUCACAUUUACCUUUUAUUUUUUUAUAGACAUUUUGUUAAUGUUCAAUUCGAUCACGCACACGUCUGAAAAUAUUAACGAUUCAGGAUAGACUAUUUUAUUACACAUUUGAGUGUGACCAGUCUUCUUUUUUCGCUCCCUUUUAUUUAUUUUUAACUUUUCUUUGACCAAUCGACCAUUUCCUAAUCCCCACUGAGUAAUAUUUUUUUACUCAUAAUUACGUGCCGACAUCCAUGCUGAAUCGGUCGUAUAUUUAGUCAAAAUAUCUUAUCCGAAAAAGGAUAUAGACCCCGAAGAUGAUGAACGCCACUAUAAAGCUUCAAAUUGAAUGGGCUGUGACGGUACAUAUAAUAUGGUUUUAUAUAUAGUCAAAGAAAUUCCAUGAUCUCUACAGGAUAAAUGGGUGGUGCAAAAAAAAUCUGAUUGAGAAAUCAUAUAAAAUAUGAAUUUUUCAACUAUUUGUUAGAACAUCAGAGUAGGAUGUUACCACGAGGUAAUACUCAAUCCAUUUCAAAAUAAUAUAUGUUUUAUUAAUAAAAUAUAUAAACCAUUAGUUAUUAAUGCAGUUUUUUUUAUAAUUUUAUAUUUUUUUAUAUUUCUAAACCAAUAAAACUUAAAAAUAUAUAAUUAAUAUUUUUAAAAUUCUCAAUUUUUUUAUUAUUAAUUGACAAAAAAAUAUAUUGUAAAUACAAAAAAUAUCUUUUUGAAACAAUUUUUUUUUAAACAGAAAGAAUAUUAUUUAAACCAAUCAUAGCUACAUUGAUUGGAUAUCGUUUACUCAAAAAUCAUAAUUAACAUAUACAACAUUUUAAAUUGAAUAUAAUUCGGUGCACAAAAAAAUGAAUACUCGUAUAAUUCAGGGUUUCGUAGAAACAACCUACUUCAAAUUAAAUUACAUCUAUGCUUCUUAAAUGUCAUUGUGACAUAUUUUCUUUCUUCGAAUUUAGUCUUAAUAACAACUGCCGAAUCAUUCAUGUCUUAACAACUAACUAAUCAUUCACUUUUGACGCUUUUCGAAAUACAUGUACCUAUUUAUGAUCAACUAGCUUAAUACACUAAAUUUUAUGUCAUUAUAAUAAAUUAUAAAUUUAUAUUCAUUAACUAUAUAUGUAUAUACACAACCAUAUGAAUAUCACGCGGGUGACGAAUUGAUGAAGUAGCAUGUAUACUAUAUGGUGGUAUCCAAUUCAAAUGGAUCUUCUUUUUGUGUGUUUAUUUAAGUAUUCUUUUGCUUAUCUAUUCACAGAUCUAUCUAAACCGAUCUUUCUUAUCGUAGCAUGACAAUAAAGAUAUAAAGGCAUCAGAACAGAAAGUCGCAAUGCCAACGCAGAAAGGUCCAAAGCCACGACGGCCGCUUCUGCAUGGCUCAAUUUGCUCUCACCUAUUCAAAAAGUGUUACGUAAUAUUUGAUUUUUAAUGUUCCAGUUAAUUAGGAAACAUAUCUUAUCUCCUCUACAUAUGUAGAUAUAUGUGGAAAAAAUAAAAUCAGGCUGAAAAAAGGAGAAAAGAAAAGUAAAAAAAGUUUGCUAUUUUGCCAACUUGUGGUAAAAAAGCUUAUCGGAGACUAACGUCAUUGCAUGGAUCAUCUUUCCUUCUUUAACUUUUUUUUUCUUUUUUCACCUUUUCGACAUUCUAAUAUCAUAUGGAUAAUCAAUUUACAUGGCAAGUUUCAAUAUGUUAACUAGAAACUUAUACCUGAUUUAUGAAUGCAAUGUUCAAAAAAAAAAAACUUAUAAAUGUCUCGAGACAUUUGAAGGUAAUCCAUGAAAUUGCAUUUAUAAUUAAGUUCUGUUAUUUGGAAAAAAAAAAAAAAAACCUAAAACAUUUCAUAAGUUCUUGAGAUUACUUUACCACUUGUAGGCCUUAGAUAGAUUUAGAAGCUGCAAAACCUAUGUCUCCUUUAACUAUAUAAUUAAUUUAUUUCAGAAAACAAUAAAGAAAAAAUAGAGGAUAUGCUUGAUCUUUUCAUUGCCUUUACCCCCAAGAAAGUGGCUUUAUGUGUGUCUUGAUGACCCAUCCAUGACUCAUCCAUUACCACAAAGGUCAAGUCUCAACGAUUCAGAGUAUGUUUUAACCGUCUCUUCUCUCUUUGUCUUUCCCUUUAAAUAACCUUCCCAUUACACGGUUUCAUCAUCACCAUCACUCAUAAUCCCUCUCUUUCUCAAGAUCAAGAUUCAAGAUUCAAGAUCAAGAUCACCACUCAAUCCUCCAAGAUGACAAUGAGCACAGUCCACCAACAAGUUCUUGCACUUCCAGCAGCCAAGACUGCUCCAUCAGGUUACUUGUCUGACCUAGCUUCCAUCAACAACCUCCAAAUCCCAACCUCUUCCAAGAAAUCUGAACAAAUCAAGAAAAAAUAUAUUCUGAAAAAGAAGAAAACCGAUAGCUUCACAAACGGAGAUAGAGAUCAAAACAAGUUAGGUCCCAAGCUGACUGAAACAGUCAAGAGAAAGCUAUCAUUGGGAGCUAAGAUCAUUCAAAUGGGAGGCUUAGAGAAGAUUUAUAAACGUCUUUUCAGAGUCCACGAAGAAGAGAAACUCUUCAAGGCGUACCAAUGUUACCUAUCCACAACCGCAGGUCCCAUAGCAGGCUUACUCUUCAUCUCAUCAAAGAAGAUUGCUUUCUGCAGCGAGAGAUCUAUCAAAGUGGCUUCUCCUCAGGGAGAUCUAACCAGGGUUCACUACAAAGUGUCAAUACCAUUGUGCAAGAUCAAUGGAGUGAACCAGAGUGUGGACACGAAGAAGCCAUCUCAGAAGUACCUAGAAGUAGUCACUGCGGAUGGCUUUGAGUUCUGGUUCAUGGGUUUCUUGAGCUACAAGAAAGCUUUCAUCUGUCUCGAGCAAGCGCUUUCUCUGAGCAUGGAGCUAUAACAAGGCUAUGGCUGAAGAGGAAACAUUUCAUUUUUAAUGAGGAGAUAGCCUAGAAAAGUUAGACAAUAUUGUACAAACUAAAUUUUUUUAUAGCUUUAACCCUUUGGUUAUCCAUUGUUGACAAGAGCAAGAGACUGAAUAUAUUUAGCUUCUCUCA